AUGGCCAGGUCGGAAAGCGCCUCGCCUACGCCCGAGGAUGGCAUUAUCCAUCCCUCCUUUGACUACACCGACGGCUCGGAGCUGAGCGACCAGGGAGAGCUCAAUGAGCCAGUGCGGGGUGCCCCAAAAUCCGGUGAUGCGAAGGACAAACCCAAGGCCAAGAAAGUGAACGGUGAAGGCCAGAACGACGCCAGCGGUUCAGCGGAGGGAACGACACGCAGUGGCCGAAGACUGGAGCAACGUUCUUACAUUGCGCAUCUGGACGAUGAUGAUGAGGAUGACGACGACGACGACGACGAACUCGGUGAUGAUGAGGAUGAAGAAGAUGAUGAUAACUCGGAAGAAGAUCUUGAAAUCCAAGUCGGCGAUGUCGACGACGACGAGUUAGAAGACGAUGAUGACGAUUCCGAUGACGACGAGGAAGACGAUGACGAAGAUGAGGACGAUGAAGACGACGACGAGGACGACGAGGAUGAGGAGGAAGACGGAGACCAGGACGAUUCAGAUAACGAGAGCGUCAAGACUGGCCAGUCCGUCCACCUCUCUUCCAAGCAAAAGGGAGAGCUUGGCGCUUGGAUCAAGUUUUCACAAGAUCCCCCACCAAAUGUUGAGGAUGCUAGUGACAGAUGCAAAGAGCUGUAUGGCUACGGCAUCUCUGAGCAUGAUAAGAACGACGUAGAAGAGUAUGUUGUCGAAAGGAUACUCAACGGUCCUCCUCUCAAAAGAGACCGCCUCAUGGUUCCUGGCUUCGGACUCCCCAUUAUCUACAAGGUUAAAAGCCCUGAAGAGCGUGCACCAUUCCUCCUGGGACUUGAGGACGAGGAUUGGGAGGCUGUGACGCUUACCAACCGAGAAGUCUGCAUGCUGAAGUUCAUUGAGGACAUCACCAACAAACCCAGCUGGUGGAAGAAGGUCCGGGAUCCGCGAAUUGCCAAGAAGUGGAAGGAGGAGGUGGUCAAGAUGCCCUGGGCUCAAUAUCGCAAAUAUGGAGAUUUCACUGAGCAAAUGGCGGAUGUUGCCAUUGAGGAGCUUCUGAAGAAAGCAGACUUAUAUGAGGAAACCGGCCUUGUCCCUAUAUUCGACUAUUCGGCCUGUGUCAUUAAGUCGGACAGUCUUAUGACCGACGAAAUGGCCGCAGCAUUGAAGGCUGCUGUGGCGCCACUUGAGAAAGUUGAUGAAUCUCUCAAAGACUGGCACCCUGGCAGCGACAACCAAGUUCUGGACCUGGUCCAUCCCUCUCUCUGCCCCUUAGUCUAUGGGCUCUCUCGUGUGGUCCCCGAGAAGCGCAUCCCCCUUAGCGACUGUCUUGAGUACUGCGGUACUGGUGUCACCGUCCCCGUGCCAGAAGUACCAGAGGUCCCCCGAACAUCAUGGGACACAGAAAACUACCUCGAUUCACAUGCUUUAUCUCGCCGAUUCCAAUGGCUCCCUUGCGAUGUUGAGUUGAGUGGUGAUAAGCCUCGCAUCGACAGCUAUAUCAAUAACUUACAUCCCGUCGAGCACAAGGCAUUGUACCCUGUGAUCGAGCAGUUCAUUGAAAAGUCCCUCCCUGCCUGGGACCUUGUAUGGAGGUGGCCUGAAGAGUUCCAAACUCAGCGUAUUGUUGUCGGGGAUAUCGAGCACAAGUGCAAAGUCCCCGAUAUCUGUGGCGAUUAUUGCUCGAUGACGAACAGACCAGGCUACGAGGAUAAUGAAGACGCAGAGGACGCCGAUGAACUUAACGAGCAGUGGUGGGAUUCGACACACGAUCUUGUCGUACCGGACGCUGACUCUGAGAUGGAGGAAGUCGUCCAGGUAGACGCAAAGGAGGUCCUAUCGACUGGCUUUUUCGACAACGCCACUCGAGCUCAGGUCAUCGUAAAGUUGGCCAAUAUUCAUCUUACACCAGAAAACCCCAAAUAUAAGGGUGGCUCAUGGCAUGUGGAGGGCCAAUACAACGAGCACAUUUGCGCGACAGCCCUGUAUUACUACGAUACCGAGAACAUCACAGACUGCUACUUGGACUUCCGCACCCAGGCCGAUGAGGAGGAGCUCAGCCAGGAGCUAAACUACGCCCAGGGCGAGUUCCACCCCAUCGAGCAGCUAUUCGACAUCGACGCGGAGGGACACAAGCUGCAGACCAUUGGGAGCGUGCUCACCCGCGAAGGCCGGGCGGUGUUCUUCCCCAACGUCUACCAGCACCACGUCAGCCCAUUCGAGCUCGCAGAUAAGACAAAGCCCGGUCACCGCAAGAUCCUGGCACUCUUCCUGAUAGACCCGCAGGUUCCAGUCCUCUCAACAGCCAACGUUCCUCCGCAGCAGCAGGCAUGGUGGGACUUGUCCAAGGCGCCGAUUCUGGGCAAGCUUCCGCCCGAGUUGAUGGAGUCGGUGAAGAGGGAUGUGGAGUUCCCGAUUGGCACUGAAGCCGCAAAGAAGCUUCGGCUGGAGCUGAUGGAGGAGCGGAAAGCAAAAUUGAAGGACACUGAUACGCAUUUCAAAAAUAUGGAAUGGGGUUUCUGUGAGCACUAG